UGUGUAGUUACCUUGAAGUCAAUUAUUAAAGGGAGCACGCACACGUUAACAUGGUUAAACAAUAAAUUGUUGUCGAAAUGGACAGAACAAAAUUAGUUGUGGCAUUCAAUAUAGGAGAAAUUUACACAGGAUACACCUUUUCAACGACCGCACAGUUUAAUGAUGAUCCUAUGAAAAUAAAUAGUAUCUCAUGGCAUUCGCAAUAUAACCGAAUGUCUGAACAAACUCCCUCCUCUAUAAUUCUAAAUGCCGAAAAAGGAUUUCAGAGCUUUGGUUUUGAAGCAGAAGAUCAGUACCUGCUUUCCUGUGAAAAUAACAAAGAUACCAACUUCUAUUUCUUUCAACAUUUUUUAUGUCAAACAAAUUGGUUUACAGAAAAAAACGGUGAAAUUUACGUCAACCCUUUGAACCGUGUCGGACCUGUUCUAUUACAAACAUUAAUACGUCAUUCAGUUUCGUAUUUAAAAACACAUUUUUUAAAUGAGAUACAAAAAUCUCAAAUUGCUGAUGAUAACAUUUUGUGGGUUGUAGUUUAUCCAGAGUUAGAUAAGUUCGACGUAAGAUUAAUAUUUCUUGAGGCGUUUCUAAACACUGGUAUAGAUAGAGACAACAUCUUACUUGUUGGUGAGAGUCUUGCGAUCCAAGCAUUUGCUCGUUACAUUGAACCAUCUGGAAAUUAUGAAACAUCUGGUAUUCAAAAUAAAAGUACAAUUAUAUUGAAUUGUGCCAAGACACAAAUUUGUCCGAAUAUUUCUUUUCAGAAGCAUCUCCAGGUUGCUACAAAUGUAAUUGGUAUGUCCUCGGUUGUCGACGAUAUUGAUUCAAUCAUGAAAAAGCGAAUUGGAUGUUCUAUCUUCACUGGUCUGACUGAUAUUAAUUCUAGAUGUGACGUGUUGUGUUGGUUAGAGAUUGCAUUAGAGGGUUCUGUUUUCAGACAAGCACACGGUAGUCAUGUUGGUAUUAAAAUCCCGUCACAUUUGAUAGAAUAUAUGCGCAAACAUGUUACAAGGUUCUCCAAUGACGGUUUCAAAUUACAGUUUGGUGUGCUCAGAAUCGAAAUCGCUGUAAUCCACGAAGUUUUUCAAAACGCAUUGUCACCAUUGAUGGAUCAUUUAAAAAGGGAAAUCAAUAUUUUUAAUACAGGAACCAUCCAAAAUGUUAUUCUUGUUGGUGAUUUUUCAAAAUUUAUUAUGACCAAAACAGUGUUCCGCGAGAGCUAUCCACAAUUUGAAAUCAUUGUUCCAUCAAAUUCAUACAUGGCAGCCACAAUAGGAGCGACAUUAGCUGGACAUGAAAUACUAUCCGGAAAAAAGCAUAGUCGUAUUCUAUAUAUUCCGAAAAUGUCAAUUGUCGGGAUGUUACAUAUUAAACAAGCCGCACUUAAAUCAUCAUCAAAUUUCAGAACAUCUAUCAAUGAUAAACCUGCUGUCAAACUAAGCAUAGAUACCGGUACAACAACAAACGUAUCAUACUUACCAGAUCUUAUUCGUCCUUCUAAAAUAGCAACAAAACUUCAAGAUCUCUACGAAAGUGACUAUGCUGACAUUUUAGAAGCCAUUGUUGGAAAAGGUCGUGACAAUUCUAAAUCUGAAGAAUUUUUACUACAGAUCCUACAUGUGGCUUAUGAUGAAUGCAGAAAGCAAGCCCAUGCUCAAAUUAACACCAUCACACAAGCAUUACAUCCCACCUGCGGGAUAGAUGGUAUUGAAACGUCAUUGCCGUCGGAUGUUGUCAAACCAUUAAUAGAGUAUAGAAGAAAGAAUGCUUUGCAAUACCUGCCAAGAUUAAUCAAAUCAUUCGUAGAAACAUUGCCAAAUAUGGUGGACAUUUCUAAUGCGCAAUUGUUAGACUGCACUUCGUUCAUCGAGAAAAGUAUAGAGUGCUGCUGGCUCAUGUGUGUUACGGAGCCACCGAUGUUUUUGAAAUUCGAAUGGAACAAGAGUGAACAAAUAGAUUUGGAUCAGCUAGAUAUUGAAGGUGGCGACGGAAGAAAUGUUGAUAGCAUGCGAUGGCCACCGCUGUAUCUUCAUGAAAAUGGUCCUUUGAUGAACAAGGGCGUUGUGAAUGCAAAAUGACAACAAAAAAACGAUUUGACUUCGCUUACAAAACUUUUUAAAUAAAUGACAAAAGAUAUCAGUGAACGAUUUGUAGACUGGUUCUAGACAGGAUAAUAUUGGAUAGUGUAACCAUGCAAAGCAAGUUAAGUUGAAAG